AUGGCCGAGGACCGUGAAUAUCCCGAGCCCUAUGUUGGUUUUAUUGGGAAAUAUCAGCAGGAAGAACCGUCGGCGGAUGAAUACCAGGUGGAAGCUCAGGAUGAGCUACUCAUGCACAACUAUACAACCCUACCAGACAAUUGCAAGAAGUAUUGGAGAAAACGUUAUCAAUUGUUCAGCAAGUUCGACGAGGGAGUCUACAUGACAUCCGAGUUGUGGUACUCGGUGACACCCGAGUCUGUGGCCAUUUUCACUGCCAAACUUUUCAAAGCAUUAUUGCCUGAGGCUCGCCAAGUUCUCGAUAUCUGCUGUGGAGGAGGAGGUAAUUCGAUACAAUUUGCAGAGAUCUUUGAGAGCGUGGGAGCAGUUGACAUCAACGAGAUCAAUGAACAAUGCACCAGACAUAACGCUGCCAUCUACGGAGUUGAAGACAAGUUGUGGUCUUUUAUUGGAGACUGGAAUGAGAUCAGCUGUCCCCACGACGAUGGAUCGGUUUAUAUGGACUGGAUUCCUGAAAACCUCCGCAAAAACCCAUCAAAUACUACCUUCGACUUUAUUUUUGCAUCUCCUCCAUGGGGUGGACCCUCAUACACCAAAAAGAGCCAGGAGUUUGAUCUUUAUAGCAUGGAACCGUUUCCCUUGGACUCGUUUUUGAGUCAGGUAUUACAGUAUAGUCGCAACAUUGGGCUAUUUUUGCCGAGGAACCUGAACUUGGAGCAAAUCAGUGAAGUUACAAGGGAGAUAUUCGGUGAUGAGGCCCAGUGCAGAGUCAUUACAGUCUACAACGAUACCCAUCCUGUUGGGAUCCUCGCACUCUUUGGAAAGGACCUCACUAGGGAUUUGGAUUAUGACGAGAUUUUUGGAGAGUAA